AUGGCGCUUAAAACCCUAUCCACUUUUUUAACACCUCUUUCUCUCCCAAAUCACAAAUUUCCAAAAAUUCACACCAAACCUUCCCUCAUUCUCUGCGAAUUCUCACGUCCUUCCAUACCAGAAGGCACUGGCGCCGCUGCUCCCUCCCCCGGCGAGAAGUUCCUCCAACGCCAACAGUCAUUUGAGUCAACCAAACUCUUUCUCAAAGAGAACAAGAAGAGUAAAAAGAAAGAGAAGCCUCUGAAAGUUUCCAAUGCCGUUACUUCUUGCUAUGGUUGCGGCGCUCCUUUACAAAUUUCCGAUAACGAUGCUCCUGGUUUUGUUGAUUCUGAAACCUAUGAAUUGAAGAAGAAACAUCACCAGCUUAGAACCGUUCUCUGUGGGCGGUGCCAGCUUUUGUCUCAUGGCAAAAUGAUAACUGCCGUUGGAGGACACGGAGGAUACUCUGGGGGGAAACAAUUCAUUACCGCAGAAGAUCUUCGACAAAAGUUGACUCAUUUGCGUACUGCCAAAGCUUUAAUUGUCAAAUUGGUUGAUGUUGUUGACUUCAAUGGCAGUUUUUUGUCCCGAGUGCGAGAUCUUGCUGGUGCUAAUCCAAUAAUAAUGGUGGUGACUAAGGUGGAUCUCCUUCCAAGAGAUACUGAUUUUAAUUGUAUUGGGGAUUGGGUUGUAGAGGCUAUCACAAGAAAGAAACUGAAUGUUCUCAGUGUCCAUCUCACCAGUUCAAAAUCAUUGGUAGGAAUAACUGGAGUGAUAUCAGAAAUACAGAAAGAGAAGAAGGGAAGAGAUGUUUACAUUCUGGGUUCAGCUAAUGUUGGGAAAUCUGCUUUCAUCAAUGCCUUAUUAAAGACAAUGGCUAUAAACGAUCCAGUGGCUGCAUCUGCACAAAGAUACAAACCAGUACAGUCGGCUGUUCCUGGAACUACCUUAGGGCCAAUUCCAAUUAAUGCUUUCCUUGGAGGAGGGAAACUGUAUGACACUCCAGGAGUUCAUCUCCACCAUAGGCAAACUGCAGUCGUUCAUUCCGAAGAUCUAUCCUCCCUUGCUCCUAAAAGCCGACUGAGGGGCCUAUCUUUCCCGAGCUCUCAAGUUAUUUCGAACAAUACAGAGGAAGGUGCUCCAACAGUAAAUGGCUUGAAUGGAUUUUCAAUAUUUUGGGGAGGUCUUGUUAGAAUUGAUGUCUUAAAGGCUCUACAAGAAACAUGUUUGACAUUUUACGGGCCCAAGCGGAUACCAAUUCAUAUGGUGCCCACAGAGAAAGCGGAUGAAUUUUAUCAGAAAGAAAUUGGACUUCUGCUAACCCCACCAAGUGGUAGAGAGAAGGCUGAGAACUGGAGAGGGCUUGAUUCAGAGCAUCAAUUGCAAAUAAAAUUUGAAGAUGCUGAAAGGCCAGCCUGUGAUAUUGCUAUAUCAGGUCUAGGAUGGCUUACUGUUGAGCCGGUUAGUAGGUCGCACAAACUCAAACAACAAAAACCGAUAGAGAUUGCAGGUGAAUUGCGUAUAGCCAUACACCUCCCCAAACCUGUUGAGAUUUUUGUAAGGCCACCGAUACCAGUAGGCAAGGCUGGGGCAGAGUGGUACCAGUAUAGGGAAUUAACAGAUAAAGAGCAGGAAAUGAGACCAAAAUGGUACUUUUAA